AUGUUUACCUUUUCUUCUUUUAAAAAGUUAUUGCUAGGAGUAACAGUUGCAAAUGGAAGCGUAAUUUUGGGUUGUUUUUACAUCUAUAAAAAAAAUAGACCUCUAAAUGUUAUGUUAGAUGAGCCAACUGAAAACUUUCGGAUUAAAAUAUUUGAUGCAUUAGCAAAAAAUUACGAUGAAAAAAAUGACUUUAUAGAAAAAAUUACAUCAAUAAAUAAAUACAAAAAAAAAAAUUUUCGAAAAGCAAGGGGAGUAGUAUUAGAAAUAGGAGCAGGUUCAGGUAGAAAUUUUGCAUAUUUAAAUAAAAUAGAUAUAUUAAUAUGUGUCGAAAAAAGUGAGAAUAUGUGUAAAGAAUUAAAAAAAAAAGUUGAAAAAAUAAAGCCACCAUAUCCUGUAUACAUUAUAAAUAAUGAUAUAAAAAACAAUAUUUUUAAACCAGAAGUUUUUGAUUCCGUUAUCUCCUCUUUUACUUUAUGUUCUUUAGAAUAUCUUGAUGAAAGUUUAAAAAAUAUUUAUCAAGCGUUGAAAAAUAAUGGAAAAUUUUAUUUAGUUGAAAGGGGUAUUAUAUAUAAUAAGUUUAUCAGAUACAUACUAGAAAAAUUAAAUUUAUACCCAAAUUAUAAAAUGCCAUGGGAAUAUGGAUAUUAUGAAAAUAGAUAUCCUUUAGAAAUUUUAAAAAAAAAUGAUUUCAGUAUUAUUUUUAAACUUGUAAAAAAUGCAGGAAGUGUUUAUAUAUUAAUAGCAAAAAAAUAUAUUUCAUCAGAUAUGAACAGUGGAAUAAAUAAUGAUCAAAAAGUAAAGAAAAUAAAUUCUGAAGUACAAGAUAAAAUAAAUAACAACAUACAUAUGAAAGAAAGAAAUAUUGAUAUUAAUAAUAUUAUUUCUGACCCACAAAAAGUUCCUAUUUAUUAUUAUUAUAAAAAUGAUAUUUAA